AUGACUAGCAAGGAGGACAAUGGCUGGCAAACUCAAAGAAGAAAACAGAACAAAGGAACUACCAAUGUGCAGCAGCACCAGGACAUCAGAACCACAGGAGCACUACUCAAAGGUAAGUAUGUACCAGUGCAGCAAGUCAAUGCUGAUCCAGGUAAGAAUGCUACUCCUACUACUACUUCCAAUGUUCAUGUUGAUCUUGUUAUGCAAGAUCAACCCACUAACCAAGGUGCAGGAGAUACAAACAACCAAAGGAACUCAAUAGUGAAGAGUUCAUCAGUACUACUUAAAGGGCCAAUGUUGCAAGGGACUCAGCCUGAAAAUGCUAAAGGAAAUGGUACUGCACAGGAUUCUACUUUGCCAACUCCUAAAGGCUCUAUGGCUAAAGACUUGGGGUCACUUUCUAGCACCAGUGCCAAGUACUCUACUUCAAAGAGUAACAAGUUAAGUAAGAAAAGGAGGAAUGUUAUCAAGAAGAAAAUUGAUGGAAAAAAUCAUACUGAGAGAGUUCCUAAAUUUUGUCACAGCAUGACUAUGCAACAAACUCAUCAGCCUUGCCAACAAUUUGUAAUUGAUAAUGAUCAAGUAGGAAUGGAUAUCACUACCCUCCAAGCUCCCAUUCAGUCAGCAGGUGUCAAUACUGAAACACAUACUAAUGUAGCCAAGGCCAACUAUACUCUCAAUACUGAGGUUAAUGAAUAUGUAGUGUGUGUAUCUGAGAAUGAAGAAGAUAGUGAUUAUCAACCAAUGACUGACUAUGAGGAUGAGAAUGCUGUGAGUGAACAAUUGAUUAAGGCUUUCAGCCCAUCCAGGGACAAGGUGUAUGAGGAUGAGGUCCAACAGGUUGCUAAGUCCAAGGGAUUCUCUGAUGAAUAUAGGGUCACUCAUUCUGAAGAUGAGGAAGACCAUGACCAUUGGAAAGAGGCACAACAAGAAGAUCAACUGGAGGCAUUCAGAUCCACAGUGACAGCUUUAUUGCAGAGGGAAAGUCAGCAAGACAAGGAGGAGAAUGAUCCACCCUCUAAAAGUAAGCAAACAAAGAAGAAGACUAAGAAAAGUAUCAUUAGCAGUUCUGAUAAGGUUGUUCUCAACAGCAACAUCAACACUAGGUCCAAAGCUCAUAAACCUUAA